AUGACGUCAAUAUUAAAAUUGGAUUUUGAUGAAGCAUUUAGAGAUCUACGUGAAUUGUUACAUAGCUUCAAGAGUAUUACAUGGCAAAGUUACAGUCCAAGUGGAUUCUCUAAUUCACCAGUUCCAAUUUUGACAAUUAAUAUUCCACAAGAUCCAAAUUGGCAUAAGAAAGAGGAUGAAGAAUUUAAUCAAAUAGACGCAGAUAGGAAUUGA